AUGUUUAAUAGGAAGAGAAGAGGAGAUUUCGAUGAAGACGAAAAUUAUCGCGACUUUAGGCCUCGUGUGCCUAAAAGGCAAAGAAUCCCGCCUGUCGUUCAACUGUGUAAAGAGAUGAUGCCCGAUAUCCGUACCAUUGGUGAAUCUGUCAAAGCUUUUGAAGACGAUAUCAAAUUCUUGAGUGAAGCCAUAAUGAAUGAGUAUGGUCAUGAGGACUACUUUAAUAAUGCCUUAUUGAGUACUUUUAACGCUGUUGUUGUGGAGCAACCGCAAAAACAAGCUGCCAUUGCGCUAUUAACCAUGGUUGUCAAUUCAAAAAAUAAUGUUGCAGGGAAGAGUAUCAUAAAUUACUUUUUCGAAGAAUUACAAAAAUGGUGUAAAGAGACAUAUAAUAAUGAAUUCAAGGGUGCUUCGAAUGAAACCGGACCAUGGAAUAAGAUUAAAUUGAUCUUAAGAUUUUUAUCUAUUUUAUCUCCAAUGUUUUUGGUUGAUGAGCUAAUCAAUAUUUACAAGGGCUUAUUUGAACUGAGUAUUGAACUGAACAAUCUGGAUCCGGAUAAUAGAGUUCCGAUCUCUGAAGCAAUUUACACUAAUACUUUGUUGAACAUACCAUAUUUGUUUUUUUUCAACAAGAAUAAUGAUGUUUUAAGAACAAAAGUAGAAGAGCUACUUGUAUACGUUGAACAAAACUAUCGAGUUAAAACAACAGACAUAAAGUUGUUAAGAGAAUACAAUGACGAAUCUCCAUAUGAAAUGGUAGAGCUUGUCCAAGUUGCGUUGCCAAACAUCAAGAAAGCAUUGGUUAAUAACAUGGAGCAUCUUAAUGAAUUUUUCCCUGAUUGGAACCAUUUGUUAACUCCACAAACGGGAGACGAAGGAUUUAAUGAUGCUUUGGCGCUUCCAUCAGUAGAAGAGCUGAAACCUUUUCUACGUUUGGAUAAUGGCAUUGGUUCCGUUGAUAGUAUGUGGAAGACACCAAGAUAUGUUUUUCACGUUUAUUUACCAAAUUCUGCUGGUAAUUUCGAAACCGUGGUGCCCAUCAAUACAUAUGCUGGUCAACUAUUCAACGAUAUUAUUAUCGAUCUGGUUGAAAGUUUGGAAUUCAAUAGGAAAGAAGUGGCCAGACAAGUAAUAACUCUGGAUCUUUUUUUUAAGGCUGGUAUAUUCACAGAACCUGGCGAAUCUAUUGCCCAGUUAAUCGCUACUUAUGAAGAAAAUCCAUUGGCCUCUACUUUCAAGAUUGAGGACUUGGCUAUUGAAACUAUUUUGGGGCUUAUUUUCAAAUUGCCUAGCGUUUCGCAACCUUUUGCUUACUUUUACACUUUGUUGGUAGAUAUUUGUCAAAAUUCUCCAAAAGCGAUUGCCCCUGUUUUUGGUAGGGCAUUUAGAUUUUUCUACAACCAUUUAGAUUCUUUGGAUUUUGAACUAAAGUUAAGAUAUUUGGAUUGGUUUUCAAUUCAAAUGAGUAACUUUAACUUUUCUUGGAAAUGGAAUGAAUGGGAAGAAGAUUCAAUUAAAUUCGGAAAGUAUUUUUAUAACCCGAAGGUAAACUUUGCUAAAAAUUUAAUUCAAAAAGAGCUACGGUUGACUUCGAAUUUUUCAGAAGUGGAGGAUAGUUUACCACAAGAAUUCACGAAGUAUUUGGAUACUUCUUACAUUCCAAGAGAUCAAUUGGUUAGUUAUUAUCAAUCUUUAUUCACUGGUUACACAGUGGAAGAAGAUUCAAUUAGAAAGAAUGAUCUAUAUUUCAGACAAGAAGGUGUACCUAUGGAAAACACAGUUCGAAAAAUUUUGGAUUAUACCCAUAAAGCGAAUAACUCUAGAGAAGUUACUGAAUUAGAAGGUAUUUUAGAAGAGUUAAAGGAAGAACAUGGUUCCAUAAUUUCCGACUUUAGCAGAUUUGUUAUCAUAUUGCUAGUUCAGGCUGUUGCAGACUCAGGUAGUAGAUCUUUAUCACAUGCUAACAAGUAUAUCAAUGAUUUGAAAGAAGAUCUCAGAACGGUAUUUGGGAAGAUUGAAUUAGAUGCCGAAGUAAAAGAGUACAUUAUAAUUGAAGCCGUUCUAACUUUCUGGAACGCUAACCCCCAGACAGGUUUUCUGGUAGCAGAUGCCUUCAAAUAUGCAGGUUUGAUUACUUCUAAAACCAUUUUUACAUUUAUAUUUAACGAAACUGGUUUGAAGAAUAAUGGUUUGGUUGAAGCAACUGCCAUUGAAGCUGUCUUUAGAAACUUAUCUCAACAGAUAACAGAAGAAAAUGAAAGCGGAAAUAAUUUCGAGUUUGUUUUUGAAAGGUUAUGCACCAUUGUCAACAACACUGUAGGCUUACUGGAAGUUAAUAAUGACGAAGAUAUUGAAAUACCAAAUGUAAACAGUGAGAUGGACAUUGAUGAUAUUGAAGAUGAUGGGCUGGAUUUGAAGUGGAAGUAUGUUACAGCAAUAGGAUUUAUCAAAAGUAUACUAAGAAGAUAUUCUUAUGAGUACCGUGAACUAGCAGAUAAAUUCAUUGCUGGCAUUGACAACGCCAUUCCACAUGAGUCGACAAGAAGAUCGAUUUUAAAUUGGAUUCAAGAAACAAAGGAAAUUUGA